GGCACAAGUGCUUCGAUAUUUGCGUGCUCACAUAUUAUCAUUAUAGCAAACAAAGCUGAUCGAGCACGAAUCCGCGUUGAGCACAUCAUUCGAGAAGAUUAUCUCGUAGAAGCUUUCGAAAUUCUGGAGAUGUAUUGCGAUCUACUUCUGGCGAGAUUCGGUUUGAUAGAGCAGAUGAAGACCUUGGAUGAUGGCAUUGCAGAAGCCGUGAUCAGCAUAAUGUGGGCUGCCCCACGGAUAGCUACGGACAUUGCGGAAUUCAAAGCUAUAAGCGACCAACUCACUAUAAAGUACGGAAAACCAUUUGCUGAAGCUGCUCGAGCAAACCAGUUGGAAUUUCCAGCCAAAGUUUCGCCGAAGUACAUGAUAGAGAUAGCGGCAAGCGCUGGUGUGCCGUUUGUGCCAGACCCCGAUGUGAUGCGAGACGAUGAAGUUGCUCAAGCAGAGAAAAUGCUUAUCGAUUUCAAGCAAGCUGGUGCCACAGGAUUCAAUGGUGGACCAACUGUACUUCCACCGCCUCCACCUUCUUCGACAGAUGUGAGAGGGUUCUAA